AUGAAGCUUCAAGAACUUGCUGAGGAAUUUACGCAGUAUCGCGAGCAGAACAACAAGAGAAUGGAGCAACUGUUUGCAACAAUGGAGACUCGUUUCCAGGACAUGCAGAACACGCUUCGUGAUUCGGUUCUAUCGUCACAAGGUACAAGUUCUGAUAAUCACAGUCAUAAUUUGGGUUCACCAGCACAACGUAUUGUUCAUAAUCACACUACCAACAAUGAGGAUCCACGUUCCGUGCUCAAGUUUAUCAAACCAGAAAUACCUAAGUUUGAUGGGAAAGACCCACACAUAUGGAUUUUCAAAACGGAAUUGUUCUUCAAGAUUCAACAGGUUCCAGAACAGCUGAAGAUGGAAUUGGUAGGAUUGAGGAUGGAAGGAGUAGCAGCUGACUGGUUCCAGUGGUUGUUCAGUAGUGGGACUAUUCAGUUGUGGGAACAAUUUGUUCGUGCAAUUAAGGAGCGUUUUGGUCCUUCUACCUAUAAAGAUGUUCGAGGAGUUUUAGCCAAGCUCAUGCAAUCGGGUUCAUUAUCUGAUUAUAUGGCAGAAUUCCAAAAGUUGAUGAAUCAAGUCACCAAUAUAAAGGAUGAAUUGUUGAUGACUUUCUUCGUAGCAGGUUUACAUUCUGAAUUACAAGGUGCAGUUCAACUUAGAUGGCCUACUUCCUUACACCAAGCUAUGCAACUUGCUGUAGCUUAUGAUAGCCAUCAUUGUGAGUUGCGUUCUUCCUUCCAGAACCAACCAAAGAAGUUUGUUCCUCGUUCUAAUAUUAAAGUUACAUCUGAUAAGGUACAUUCUAAUCCUUCACCUUCGGUCUCAGCUUCAAGUUCCAGUUUACCUGUUAAGAAAAUGUCAUCGGAUGCCUUGGCCAAAAAGAGAGAAUUGGGACUGUGUUAUGUUUGUGAUGAAAAGUGGUCUAAGACACAUAGAUGUAAAUCUCAGAUGUUAGUCAUGAUUGUUGACUGUGAAGAGUCAGAUGGAGAAUCUGAGGAAGAAAUUAUCUGGCAAAAGGAGGGGACAAAAGAUACUUCCCUGGAUGCAGCCUUGCAUUCUUUGUCCGGGAGAGCAGAUGCCAAAUCCUUGGUGUUGUUGGCAGAAUUGGGUAAGGGGAAGGUAAAAAUCUUGGUGGACUCAGGUAGUUCCCAUAACUUCAUUCAGAGAAGUUUGGUUGAGGAGUUGCAAUUACCUAUGGUUAAAACCAAUAGAAUGAGAGUCUUCAUGGGAAAUGGUGAGUUUCUAAUUUGUGACAAGAAAUGCCUACAAGUGAAAAUGGUCAUCCAAGGUCAUACAAUUGUCACUGAUUUGUAUGUUCUGGAUUUGUGCACUCUCAACAUAGUAUUAGGCAUGCAGUGGCUUGUAACAUUGGGAAGAGUCACCCACAAUUAUGGUGAACUUUCCAUGGAAUUUACUUGGAACAAUAAGCUGAUCUUAUUGAGAGGCAUUAUUCCACAGCAGCAUCAACAAGUGGUGUAUGGAGAGGAUUCACAAUGUCAUGCAUUAGCAGUUCAGGAACAACAGGUCGAGCAGUCUGCAAUUGACCCUGCACUUUUACACAUCCAAGACAAAAUUCCAACAGCCUUAUGGCCUGUCUUGCUGCAAUACCAGAAAGUGUUUGAGUUACCUAAAGCAUUACCUCCGUGUAGAGACUUGACACAUGCUAUUCCACUGGUUGAUGAAUCCCAAGCUGUUAAGGUUAGACCUUAUAGAUAUCCACAUCAUCAAAAAGAGGAAAUUGAAAGGCAAGUAACUGAACUUUUAAAAUCUGGGUGGAUUCAACAAAGCCAUAGUGCUUUUUCAUCUCCAGUACUGUUAGUUAGAAAACAUGAUAGCACUUGGCGCAUGUGCAUAGACUAUAGAGCCUUAAAUGCUUUAACAAUCAAAGAUGCUUUUCCUAUACCUACUAUAGAUGAGCUUCUAGAUGAAUUGCAUAAUGCCAAGCUGUUUAGCAAGUUGGACCUACGUUCAGGCUAUCACCAAAUACUCAUGAAGCAAGAUGAUGUUCACAAGACAGCCUUUAGAACUCAUGAAGGUCACUAUGAGUUCAAGCUCCUCCAUGACAGAUCACAUAACUCAUUUAGCUACAACAUUGAGUUGCUUACUUGA